UUUCAUUUUUCAUGAAACAAAGAAACGCUCAGAGUCAAAUUUUGAACAAGACGUAGCAGUCAUAAUUACAAGACCUUGUGGAUCCCACUUUGAAUCGUCGACAGUCUUCUACGGCCAUCACCGGCCUUCUCUUCCAGCCCUUCGACUCAAUAAAUUACGAGCCACACACCCUCAACAAAUUUCUUAAAAAAAAAUCUCCUCCUUUCGGAUUUUAACAAUAACACAAAAUAAAAAUAAAAAUAAAAGGAAACGAGAUUCACACAUUAUUUGUAGGAGAAGAAUCUGUUCUCCCUCACUUUCUCUCUCUCUCUCUCUCUCUCUCUCUCUUUGAUUCAAUAGCAGCCGUCGAGUCUUUCACUUUCCUUCCCAGGUUCCAUCUGGAUGGUUUAUGGAAGAAGUGGGUGUAUCUUGAGCAAAGUGUGAGUUUUGGUUCUCGAUCACCAGAUCAAUAGUUUUUGUUCAUAUUGGUGUGGCUUUGUACUCGGCGUAUAUAGAAGCUUAUUAAAAUAGAAUAUAGCUUUGGGUUGUAGAUAUUAUUGCUUUGGUAAACAUGGUGCUGCUGGAGUCAAUUGCGACAACAUCACUUCUGGGUCACCCGCCGUUUUGUGGAAGUAUUUCCAUUAAGGAUGUCUCCUGCAAACCGAAAUCUUUGAGUAACUGCUGGUUUCCGUCCACAGAAUUUAUUGGUAAAAGGAUUGUUGUGUCUCCUUUACCAAGAUUGAGAGUUGAAAGGUUAAUUAAUUCGUCCAUUAAGGCUCUUGCGAUGGAGCUGACAAAAGAGGUUCAUGCAUAUAGAGAUGAAGAAAGAACACCAAGGGAUUGGAAUUAUCAGAUUGAUACUGGUGUAGAUCGAAAGCCUGGCUUAUGGCCACCAGAGAACAGAGCUGAUAAUCCUUUGUUACGCAAUCCCUUACUUCGACAAGAGAGGAUGGGUUGUGGUUGGUUUGGUGCUUUAUUUGAGUGGGAAGGAGUUAUAAUUGAAGAUAAUCCUCUGCUUGAGAAGCAAGUCUGGCUGGCUCUUGCAGAGGAAGAAGGAAAGUCUCCUCCUCCUGUGUUUAUUCUCCGUAGAAUAGAAGGGAUGAAGAAUGAGCAAGCAAUUUCUGAAGUUUUGUGCUGGUCAAGAGAACCAGCACAGUUGAGAAGAAUGGCUGCAAGGAAGGAAGAAAUUUACCAGGCUUUGCAAGGUGGGAUAUAUAGAUUACGUGAUGGUUCCCAAGAGUUUGUAAAUGCCUUGACACGUUACAAGAUACCAAUUGCAUUGGUUUCUACCCGACCAAGAAAAGUUCUCGAGACUGCAAUUCGAGCCAUUGGGAUUGAAGGGUUUUUCAGUGUCAUCAUAGCAGCAGAGGAUGUUCAUCGAGGGAAACCAGAUCCAGAAAUGUUUGUCUAUGCUGCACAGCUUCUGAAAUUUAUACCGGAGCGCUGCAUUGUGUUUGGGAACUCUAAUCAGACGGUUGAAGCUGCCCAUGAUGCACAGAUGAAGUGUGUGGCUGUUGCUAGCAAGCAUCCAGUGUAUGAGCUUGGGGCUGCAGACUUGGUGAUAAACCGUUUAGACGACCUUUCUAUUGUUGAUCUGAAGAACCUUGCUGAUAUAGAGUCACCUGAAUUUGGAUCUGGAAAGCCUGAGCUGCAGGUGGAGAUGGAGGAAGAGGAAUAUGGCCCAUCCACCUCAACAGUAGAUGAUAUUUUCUGGUAAACCCAAAGAAGUGUACAUUCAUAUGAUUAUUGAUGAUAAGGGUUCAUAGUUGCCCUGAUGUGUAUAACAAAAGAAAGACGCAGAAAGAAGAAAAAAAAAGGUAGAAAAUUUAGAAAGGUGGUCUGCAUUGGACUGCUUUUAACAUUGCAAUGUAUGUAUUAGUUGCAUGAUAUAUAAGCUUUAUGUAUUAGUUGUAUGAUAUAUAUACUUUAAACUUUCACUGCCUGCUUCAUGCUUAAUUUCAAUUUAUCUUUUAUAAA